UAGCAAACAGAAACCUUAAAAAGAAACCGCAUUACUGUUAUGAGUGCAGUCAUUCAUUCCUCCCUCCGUGUGGUGUCAUACAGGCAGGGAGGUUGUUUUGGAAGUUUGAAGAAGAGUAUAUUAGGUUUUUUGACCUCUUCUUGUGGUAAAGAAAAAGAGGAAGUGAAGAGUGACGACCUUCUCUGAAGAAGCACGAGAGGCACUUCCCAGCAUUUGAAGCUAUUUCUCUCCGCGAGCGACGAAGGACGCGCGCGCGGCUGUGCUCGAGUGGAUGCCGACAGGAGAAGACACGUUAUGUAUCGCGCCGCAGUCAUGGAUAGGAUCGACCUGUGGGCACAAGCUGUCCAAUUAGGAACGGUGUUGUUAUAAGCAAAGGGAGCCGAUUUGGGGCAGUCCACACAUACACACACAUCCACACCGGGGGGUCCUGCAGCCCACCCUUCCCCAGCCGUGAUGCACCUCACCUGGGUAGCCUGCAUGCUGGCUCUGGCAUGGAGGCCUAAGGCCUGUCUGACACACAGCGCUCCCUACGAGUCUCUGGCAGUGUCGUCUCUGCAGUGCUACAAUGAUUACUUCGACAAUUUCCACAUCAAAGAAGACUACAUCUCCCACAUUUCCUGCAGCUGGAGAGAGAGGCUGGGCUUACACAGACACACACCCCUGGCCCUCCACAAUGAGAACAGAUCCCCGUGUGUGGUCACCAGUCGUGAGGAGUGUGAUGGCGUGCUGACUGUGCGCUGUCUGUACGACGCUAGUAAUAUCAGCUUCACCAUCGGCAGGAAGUACACCUUCUACUUCCACAGUCCUCUGCAGUCAAAACCCCAACACCUCUCAGCCAACCUGGCCCAACAUGUGCGAGUGAUGACUCCCCAGAACCUCACCGUGGUGCCGCUGCAGGAGGUCAGGGGUCACAGGCUGAGCUGGGACAGCCCUUACCCUAGCUCCUCCCCUUUGACCUCUGACCUCCGCUACCAGGUGACCUACGGAACCCCUGGCCAGGACUGGACGACAGUCCACAGAAAUGACACAGCGCUGGAGAUCAAAGGGGAAACCCUGUUGCCGGGGCAACGGUACGAAGCCAAAGUGCGAGCGCGGGCUGGCGCGUGGCAGUGGAGUCAGUGGAGCCCUCUGGUGGCUUGGAGGACUGAAGAGGAGUUGGGUCCCUCAGAAUUCCAGUGUGUGAUUGACAGCGUUUCCUUGGUGACGUGUAGCUGGAAGCUAAAGAGAGAGCAUGCUCAGUUCCUCAACUACAAUCUGGGCUGUUACCACCUCUCAAACAACACGCGGGUGGAGUGUUGUCCGAGCCCUGCCGUGACCUCUGACCCCGACUCUGCUGUGCUGGAGUUCAGAUGUUCCCUCUGCAUCUCAGACCCGCGGGAGCUGAAGGUGGAGCUCACCCCUGCACACGUCUCCAAAGUCUUCAAGGCCGAGACACACAUCCAGCCACCGCCUCCCCCCAGUUUCCACGUGGAGGAGAAGAAGAAUGGAGACUUUAUGCUGCGCUGGACCAGACCGGGAGUGGUUCCCGGCCUCCCUCUCUCCUACGAGGUCCGCUACGGGCCCAAGGAGUCUGACGAGCGUAAGACCUUCCCCGUUUCGGUCCUUUCCCUGCUGUUGCCUGGAAACAGUCUUCUGCCCUCCACCCGUUACAUCGCCCAGAUCAGAGUCCUGGUGGGCCAAUCAGAGACCUACGCUGGAAUCCCCUCUGACUGGUCCACGCCCGUGGAGUGGACGACAGACACAGCUGCCAUUUCUCUGGCCAUCGUCUUGUACGUCGCCGUGGCGAUAGUUGUUGUUUUCCUCUUCGUCGGCCUGGUGAUCAUCCUGCCUAAGUGCCAAAGGCGGAUACGUGACUGGAAGCUCUCUAUUCCAACUCCAACUCAAAGCAAAGUUUUGUCUGAAGUGAUUAAGAGGAAGGCGAGCGUCUGGUUGUACGUGGACAGUGAGAAGGAGAAGGUGUCCAUGUGUGAAUUUCAGGACCCUGACCUGAUCAGUGUGAACCUUCUCUCCCGCCUCAGUUCCAGUAAGGAGCCCCUGUGGUCUUCUUCUGAGGAGGAGGAUGGAGACAGAGACUCCCUCCAGCUCAUGACCUACAGGACCACCUCCACCACCGGGGGGCGCUCUGGAGUCCUGGACAGCUCAGGCAUGAGCUUCAACGGCCCUUACAUCUUCUGCAACAAAGAAUGUGCCUCGUCCAGCGGUGCGUUGUCAUCCUCAUCCUCGUCUUCAUCGGAGGGCUUCCUGUCCCCUGUGUCCAAUGUCUCCUUCCUGUCGUCGCUGUCCGAGGUGCCCGGAGGCUACGUGGCCACGCUGCAGAUGGCUGUGCCCGGGCAGGGUGCCCCCCUGGAACCCUCCAAAGCCCUCGCCGUCGCCCAGGACGCCACAGAAGACGCCCCUGUGCCGCCAUCCUGGCAGUGCCAGUCUGAGGGGUCCCCCCCGCCAGCCUACACGCGCCAACCGCCUGCCCUCCACACCGUGGUGCUCCUGCCGUCCCCCGGCUACUGCUCCCUCCCCAACCUGGACCUCAGUGGCUGGGCCUCCUCUCCUCCUCCUCCUGCUCCUCCUCCUCCUCCUCCUCCUCCUCCUCCUGCUCCUGUGACUGGAGAGGCACCACCAGUCACACUGGCGCAGUCCUGCCCACGGCCACCAGAGGGCGAGCAGGAGACUCCAGCACAGGAGAGAAGGGAGGAGCCUGGAGAGUCCAGUCAUGAGAGCAGGCCCUAUGUCAGACUGAAGACUGAUUAUACUUCUGUCCCGUCAGCUGUACGACUGGGCAACUCACAGUCUGUGGACGGGUGAAAUCCCCCCUUUCCACUGUGGCACAAAAAGGGGUUUUUAUGCAUGUUGCCCUGCCAGAGACUAGGUCUCACCCACUAAGAUGGUACGGUCCGGGCUCCCCCACGCCAAUGGAUGGAUCCAAUUGGGAAUAAUUGGACCAAUUUAGCCCAUGGGCAGACUAUUUAAAGGGUGCCUCAUGAGAGCACAAGGAGAGAGAACUUUGGAGAGAGCUUUUGACCAGAAAGCAUUGAGAAGGCAUUUGUGAGAAAAACCCUUAACUGUUGCGUGGUGGAGGGAAAACUGUGUCUAGCUGUGUGGACACCUUGUGCCUCCUUGUUAUGUGUGCUUUGCUGAACUAUGAUUAGUAAGAAUUGUGCUUAGUGAGAAUACAACGUCCCAUACAACUUCUUCCUUGAUUAGGAGAGUGUCCAUUUUGAAUUUGCGGGUGGGAACGUGCACAGACUCCCCAGCCAAUGAGAAGGAGGCACCGGUUCAGCUGUGUAUGCUAUAUGUGCUGUGUAUGUCACUCUUACAAAUUUGAAUGAACUCACAACCUCAAAGGCACA